GGCGGCGGGCCGCGGCGUGCCCCGCAGCCGAGAGCCGCCGCCGGCCACGGCCAUGCCGGCCGCCGCCGCUCCGCUCCUGCCGCCGCCGCUCCAAGUUGGCGGGUGAGCCCUUCCUCGACACGCAGGAUCGCUCCCCCCCGCUGCCAGCAGCAUGGAGAGCGUGCGUGAGCUCCAAAACCCGCUCUUGGCCAAGGCCAAUGGGCACCUUCGCAGCAGCUAUUCUUACCACCAGCAUCACAGCCAGGACUACCCCAGUCAUCGCUGCCAAGGGAAACUGUAUUCCUACAUCUUCCAAAACACUGGCGGUGCCAGGACUCACCAGCUGCUGGAUGCCAGUUCCCUGCAGCUGGCUGUUGAAGCCUUGUAUGGCCCCAAUUUCAUCCUCGUGAAGGAUGAGACUGCUCUCAAGGCUAAGGACAGCAAGACAGAAAGCUGCGAGACCACUUUUAUGGAAAGCAAAGAGGCUCCAUCCGAAGGUCCCGAUGGGCGUGAGGCGCAAGGGUCCUGCCUGGUAGAGAGCGACAUCCGCAUCCAAACUGUGUCCUACGAGGUGGAGGAAGAGGAGCUCCAGGAGUACGAGAGCGACUCCUCCAGUGACAGCGAAAGUGAGGAUCAUUUCCUGAUGCUUCCCCCCCGGGACCACCUGGGCUUAGCCCUUUUCUCCAUGCUGUGCUGCUUCUGGCCCCUGGGGAUUGCUGCCUUCUACUUCUCCCAAGGGACCAGCAAGGCUGUCUCCAAAGGAGAUUUCCAUCUGGCCAGUUCAGCUUCUCGCCGAGCUCUCUUCCUCGCCGCGCUCUCCAUAACCAUCGGCACAGGAGUAUACGUCGGGGUGGUGGUAGCGCUGAUUGCUUAUCUCUCCAAAGGGGGCCACGUAUAGCUGCCACCCAUAUAUCAGUGCCGCCCUGGCCGUGGCCCUCCUGGGACUGAGCUUUCCUGCAGAGCACAGGGCGCCAGUGCCUGCAAGGGCUGCUUGCACGGCGUGACCCCGGCUUGGAUGCCCUGCGCAGGCUCUUUCCCCUUUCAGACAAACAGUAGACCUCCAUUUUCCCCGAGGCUGUGGGGUGCCACCAUCUGACAGCAGGGAAUUGGGCACCAGCUUGGCUGCUAGGACCAGGAGGAGCACAUUUGCCUGCUGGAAGACGUGCAGGAGAGAUGCUGCGUGCUGCUGCUGGGCUGGUGCCACCACCCUCGCUCCAGGGCCACUGUUUUCCCUCCCAGCCCCACAGCCAGGAGAUGCACCGCUGGUGCCCAGGCUUGGCCCAUGAAGGGGGCAUGCAGGGAGAAGAGGGGAUACGGCACCGGGGAAUGGCCCGGGAGGCUGGGGUCCUACUGAGGUCUCCAGACUCCCAUGAUGGGGACAACAUUCUCAUUUCAGUGUCAUGGGGUGGCACCUGGCCCCUCAGCUGCAGCAAAGUAGGAGGACAACUGCAGCAUGGACAUGACCGAAGGGCACGCUCUCUGCAUGCCUCUGCAGACAGACCCCUGAUCCAGGGAACAUCCCAGUCGCUGGCCCACCCCAGGCAAGAAACAAGGAGGAAGACAGGCUGGUGGUUGCACACCAUCACUCCCAUCGUUAGAGCAAGCUGGCAAAGACAACAAGGUGUUCUCUGUGUUAAUAAUGACUGUCAUAAUAAUUGCAAGACGGAGUCCCCAUAAGGUUGGCAUCCCACAGUGCUGGGCCCUGAAAAUACUUGUAAUGGCAAUUUCUACCCAAGAAGUGACCUGGGAGGGGUGGGGUCCUGAAGGACUCCACUCUCGGCACUAGGUCAGGGCCUCACACACAAAGAGGGAUGGAAAGAAAAGGCUGACGUGAAACACAGAGCCUGGGGCAGGAGUGCUGUUUGCCAGGGGAUGAGAUCCAGAGAGGGGGAAGACUUGGAGGGUGCCUGACACACAGGGGUGACCCCAACACACUUCUUCCCAUGCCUUGGAGAGGGGUAUCUCCAUCCAUCCACAGGCCCUGCUGACAAGGAAAUCCCAUGCAUCCCCACUCACACCUUACCUUUGCUAAUUCGUAUAUUGUCAGAGGUGGGUGUGAAGGCAAUGACUGCCCCAAAGAGCUGCCGUUAAAAGGCCCUGCUUCACCCCCCUCCCCAGCAUCCACCUUGACCAUCCCUUGCCCUGGCCAUGGCUCCCCUGCUGCCUCCUUCCCCCAUGCACAGGGGGCUGCAGGCAGACUCUGGGCGUCCAUCACCCCCUCACCAGGGUUUCUGGGCGGGCUGCAGCUGGCUCUCCAAGAGGCACAGCAUGUUCCUUGAGCUGGGUGCCAUUCAAAUGUACAUUUCAUUCUAGAGAAGCAUGUUAAUGUCUGCGAUUGAUGUUGUACUUGAGCCAUGAAAGAGAGAAGCACAUCAGAGACCUGUUCAGAAGCUGGUCUGAAAGUUCCCAUUACGUUUUAUAACAUGGAAGAGCUAAUAAAUAAAAAAAGCAGGAAAAAAGACUGUUUAUAAGGACAUGGAGCUGGCUAGGGAAGAGGUGAGCUUUGCAAGAGUGCUGAGCUCACUUAAACCUGGAGGGAUUUAUGCAGUUCCCGAAGGAAGUUAUAAUCCAGCUGGUGUCUGGGCAACUCAAGAGGGAGAUGUACUGCAAUGUAGAUCACAGCGAGCAGCUAAUGCUGGAAGCGGGAUGGUGAUGUAUGCUUUUUGCCAUGUGUGGAUGGACAAGUAUUAGGGGGAGAGAGAGACACUGGAGCAUCGUUUAUGUUCACGCUGCUCUGUGUGUAGUAGAAGCAUAAAAUAAAAUGUGCUUGAAGAGGGGCAGAAGAAUAUGAACAUCAGGGGGGAAUAAGCAGGUCUUGCUUCUGAUGGUGGACAGAGACUGAAUUUGCAGGGAAGGACUGGGGUGUCCAGAAGACAUGAGGUGGCUUAGAGAGGAAAGAUGAGGUUCACCCUCGCCCAGCAGCUGAGGGAUGGUUUUCGUUCCCCUCUCCUCCGCAUGCUCAGCCUUCUUGGGCAUCCGUCCCUCCAAAUAACCAAGCAGGACAGGAGCCCAAUUUCAGGAGAGGGGACGUCCAUGGAUGCCCAUGCAGCAGGGGCGACCAGACCCACCACUCCCCCCCAGCUCAGUGCCAUCCCAGCUAAACCCCUCCCCGCCUCUCCCCCUCAAGCAUCCCCAGCCAGGGGCAGGGAUGAGGGGGGGGGCUCCCUGCUGAUUCUGGUCCAGACAAAACCAUCGGGGCUGCUGGACCAGAAUCGGUAAUGAGAAACUGUGUUUGCUGUGAAUUUGUAAUUCUGCCAGUUGGUUCCCUCCAGGGGCUGCCCUGGGUGGGGGUCCAGCAGCCCCUAGCCAACUCCCCAUGGGCACCCCGGCCUCCUGCACCCCAACCCACCUCUUUGUCUUUUUUUAAUUGGAGACACACAGGGAAGGACAGGGCUAAAGGGCCAACAGAAUUAAAGUGUUUUCCGCUAAUA